GAAACUCUCAACACACAUUAUAUAAAAUUCUAAUAAAGAUACUAAGUUUAUAGUUUAUAUCUAUUUUUGUUCCGAUCGACAAACAUAUACAAUUAAAUAGCAACAAUAAUACAAAAGAUAUAUCGAUGGAAUCACCAAGUUUGUUUCAGCUGAAUCGGUGUGAGCCAGAACUCGUCGAACCAGCACAAGCAACACCUCGUGAGGUAAAAGAACUAUCAGAUAUCGAUGAUCAAGAAGGGUUAAGGUUCAUUGUUCCUGUAAUAUUCUUAUACAAGAACAAUAAGACUUCAAUUAUGGAAGGGCAUGAUCCUGUUAGGGUUAUCAAAGAAGCUCUUGGUAAAACAUUGGUGUAUUACUACCCCUUAGCUGGAAGGCUUAAGGAAGGUGUCAAUAGGAAGCUGAUGGUAGAAUGCACUGGCGAAGGUGUUCUGUUCGUGGAGGCUACUGCCGAUGUUCACUUUGAUGAGCUUGCCGAUGUCAUUCAACUCCCGUCUCCCUUCUUUGAUCAGUUUCUUUUUAAUGUUCCUCCAGAAUCUGACAAUAUACUUGGUUCUCCCUUGUUGUUUAUUCAGGUCACUCGUUUGAAUUGUGGGGGAUUCGUGCUGGCAAUAACCAUGAACCACACAAUGUGUGACGCAUUCGGAUUGGCCCAAUUCUUAAACGCAAUGACAGAAAUGGUACAUGGUUCACGUGUUCCAUCUAUCCAACCAGUUUGGCAACGAGAGAUCUUUAACGCCCGAAACCCACCAAGAAUAACCUGUCCACAUCUAGAAUUCGAAGAGGUACCACUUGAGUCUCCUUAUUCCAAAGGUUCUAUGGUCUUGGACCCAAACAACUUGGUUGAACGACCAUUCUUUUUCAGUCAAAAACAAAUAAACUCCCUUCGAAAGCAGCUUCCACCACACCUCGCCCAGAACUGUUCACAAUUUGAUUUACUCGCUGCUUGUCUCUGGAAAUGUCGUACGCUGGCUCUUAACCUAAACAAAAAUGAAGUUGUUCGCUUUUCAUGCUUAACAAGUAUACUUAGACAGAAAAACGAGAUGAAAAAAUUAGGUUUUCCAUUGGGAUACUACGGCAACGCGUUUGCAUACCCAGCAGCAGUUUCGAAGGCCGGAGUUUUAUGCGAAUGUUCGUUGGGGUAUGCCGUAGAGUUGAUCAAGAAAGCAAAAGACCAAGUGAACGCUGAGUACAUGAAAUCGGUUGCGGAUCUUAUGGUGAUUAGAGGCCGACCGAGGUUCACUGAAACGGGAAACUUUAUUGUUUCUGACAAUACUCGUGCUGGGUUCGAUAAGAUCGAUUUUGGGUGGGGUUUGCCUGAGUUUGCUGGACCCGCCAUGGCCAUGUCUUUAAUUAGCUUUGUUGUGCCGUACGAGAAGGCAGGGGAGAAAGGGGUUGUGGUGGCAGUAUCCUUGCCUACGGAGUUGGCUAUGGAGACGUUUCAACGCGAGAUCGAGAAAAUGAAUACACAAGAACCUAAUAAUGUUUAUGAUCGUUUUCAGAUUAUGUCCUCUCUUUAAACUAUUAAUCUUUUUGUUUGGAAAGUCUUCUUUUCAAAAUAAUUUAAUGUCCUACGAGUGCGUAUAUGAUGUAUUUGUAUUCUUCUCACGAAUAUUGGUAUAAUAUAUAAGAGUAUCAAACA